GUGCUUGGACAAGGUCAGUGUGAUCAGUAUCAGCUUUUAUGGCUCACAGUAUAGAUUUUUCUUCCUCUUCACCCCUCCUCCUCUUCCUCCCCUAUUUUCUUACCCGGUAGUCCAACGUGGCCAGGUGAACGGAGGCAGGCAUGACGACAGAUGGCCCCUACGGUCUGAGGGAUUAUAUAUUAACGCCAAGCAGCUCAGAUUCUCUUGCACACACAAACACAGGUGUACACACCCACUCACGUAGGCUGGUGGCCACUGUUUUCACAUACACACAGCCAGCAGAAUGCUGCCAGAGCCACAGCUGGUGUGUCACAGCACAGCCAACACACAGUAGAAUCAGGAGAACAAGGGAUUUAACUGAUGGACGGAGAGACGGAGGACAGUUUUUCUCCGGUCACCAUGGAGGUGUGGAGCUCUUCAGCGUCUGAGGAGGAGGAAGAAGAGAAGAGCACUUCCAGUCUUGUGGAUGAAGUAGUGGUGGAUGAGCAGAAAGGCCACAACAGCAAUAACAAUAAUAACAACAACAAGGACAGCCUUUGCAGGGAGGUGACACAAGUGCUGUGCUCAGACAGAGUGGGCCAGGUCACCAAGACGUAUCAUGACAUUAAGGCAGUCACCCACCUGCUGGAGGAGAAAGAGCGGGAUCUGGAGUUAGCGGCGCGGAUCGGUCAGUCCCUCCUGAAGCAAAACCAAGAACUAACAUCACGCAAUGAAAUGCUGGAUGAACAACUUGAAAUUGCAAAGGAGGAGAUUGCUCAACUUCGUCAUGAGCUCUCGAUGCGAGACGACCUCCUUCAGUUCUAUGCGAGCACUGAAGAGAUAGAGAACGCAGAAUCGCUCUCGCCGGUAAAAAGGAAUGAAUCAUGCAGUUCUCUCAGCAACUUUGUGCACUACGACUUCCUGCAGCAUAAACUGAAGGGUUUAGAGGAGGAGAACCGCAAACUGAGAUUAGAGGCGAAUGAGCUCACGACAGAGACAACCAACUACGAGGAGCAAGAACAGGAGCUGAUGAUGGUGUGUGUGGAAGAGCUCUCAUCAGUCAAUAAGCAGGUGGUCGACCUGUCGGAGGAGCUAGCACGGAAAGUAGAGGACUCUGUCAGACAGCAGGAGGAAAUCAGCUCACUGCUCGCCCAGAUUGUGGACCUGCAAGCCCGCUGCAAAGGGGUCACCCACGAGAAUGAAGAGCUGAACCAACACCUGAGUGCCUCCCGUGAGAGCCAGAUAAAACUGAAAUCAGAGCUCAAGGACCUGCAGGACAAGUACUCAGAGUGUGAGGACAUGCUCUGCGAAGCUCGAGAGGACAUUAAAAACCUGCGGAACAAGAGCCUGCCCAACAGCACAGUGCAGCGCUACACUGCCCUGGCCUCUGUCCUCCCCAUGGACUCACUGGCUGCAGAGAUAGAAGGCACUUUCCGCAAAGGCCUGGACACCCCGGCUCCCUCAGAAUACAAGAACCACCCGUGGCGUGUGUUUGAAACAGUGAAGGUGGUGAACAAGGUCGGGAAGCUGCGGUCUCGGUGCCACUCCCCGUGGCUCCCAGGCUCCAGCCCCGUGUCCACUCGCUCCAGCUGUAUCAGCACUCCUCGAACUAGCUACUAUGGCUCUGAUAAUGCCAGCCUUACCCUGGAGGACAAGCCCAGCUCCUAUCAUGCUCAGAAAGAAGACAAUGGUGUGAGUGGGCCAAAGCGUCUGGGUCAGCCAGGCACCCCAGGGGGCCAGGACCUCGAAGCUGCUUUGCGCAGCCUGUCAGCCCGCCAACAGAACCACUCCUCUGAUCGGCCUUUCUUUGAUGUGGAGCGUGAGCGUAAACUCCGUGCCUUGGCAGCAAACUGCGAGGAGGGCGAGGGCUCCAGUGGCUUCCUCACACCAAACGACAGCCUGGCCUCCAGCCUGGCAGCAUCGACAGGCACCAACUACUCCAAUGGCAGCUCACGACAGUCCUGUGGCUCCUCAGGGGGCUCCAGGUCCUACCUGCCUGACCGCCUGCAAAUCGUCAAACCUCUGGAAGGCUCGGUCACUCUGCAUCAGUGGCAGCAGUUGGCCAAACCAAACCUGGGAGGCAUCCUGCAUCCACGCCCCGGCGUCCUGACGAAAGACUUCAGGGAGCUUGAGGUCGACAUACAGCACGUCUACAGCCUCAACGACCUGGAGGAGGAUGAGCCUGAUCUAUCGCAUCUCUCUGAAGCGCAUGGCAUGGUCUCUCCAUCCGGUCCCAACCUCCCUCAGACCACUCCCACACAUACCAUUACCACCUGCCAAGUCCUCCAACCCUCCCUCCUCAUCCCCUCCUUCUCUACAAGCCUUCACUCUUUCGGCCUGCCAGCUUGUCGGAACUGUGAGCAUGUGAGCACUUCAUCUCCACCCCACCAGCAGCACUUUGACUGGGGAGGCGGGACCACCACCACCAAAACUACUACAGCCACAACAAAUAUAACCACGUCAUCACUGGGACUCCUGCAGCUGCUGAAAGAGCGCGGCAUCUCAGCCUCCCCUUAUCCCCACCGCAGCCUGCACUACAGCCAUAGUACAAAACCUUCAUUCUCCACAGCAAAAGACAAAGAUGGAGGCUCAACAUUGAACGAGGAAGGAAGGAGGAACAUUUUCAGCUUGAACUUAGUGGGGAAGCUUCAGGGUCUCGGGUUGCACAGAGUGGCAGCCUGGGGGAUGACAGGGCGCAGCGGCAAGGAGAGAGAAGCGGUGAGGCAUCCUCUGAAAGUCUGAUGACGGCUGAUCCACCACUUACUGCUCCCUCAUUCACCGUAGUGACUUUGUGUCAAGCCAUGUGAUUCCCACUGUGCAGUUCAGGGUCCACAGCACUGGUGACUUGAAAACAGAGGCCACAGAGUGCACCGGAGCCAUACUUUGAGUUGUCUGUAGUGUUUAGUACUGUUCUUUUCUAUGAACUCAUGUACAGUAGAUAAACUGUUGUGUGCGCGCGUGUGUGUGUUAGUGCGUGUGUGUCUAUGUGCGUGUGUGUGUGCGUGUGUGUGUGUGUGUGUGUGUGUGUGUGUGUGUGUAACAUCUUCAUCUCAGGACGAUCACCUGUCUGUUCUGCUUUUUACACAAAAAAGAAACGCCAUGAACAAAAAAAACCUUUUAUACUGUCUUGUGACUAUCAUUUUACAGUUUUCCCUACCACUGGUUUAAAAAAAAAAAAAAAAAAACCUCAUCACUUGUCAUUUUUUUUUAGUUUCCAAAGUGAAAAAUCAAGUUAUGUAUUAAUAACAACAUUGUCAUUCGGGAGAAUUAAUAAAAAAGACCACGUGCAGUAAAUUAGUAUUAGUUAAAACCACAAACCAAACCAAUGCUGUCACACUGAAGAUAUUUCAAAUGCACUAAAAUACACUCUGAUCUUCCUGCUUAUCAGCUGCUACAUUGAGAAAAGCAUGCUAUAUCUAAGAUUGUCAAAUAUACUGGAAGGAAACAUUGAUCAAGAAGCACUGCGAUGACAUCUGCUCCACACUGGGACAGAUUAUAUACUGACUGAACUAAAUAAUGUUGACAUGUUCGUUUAGCUGUCUCCCCCACACUUCAUCACCUGCUUUCAUGUGUGGUUGGGCUACGUACAGCAUCACCCCUGAGCUGUUGAAAUGUCUGACUUUGUCGACUUAUUAUUAUUAUCCUGAGCCAAACCUCACCAAAAAAAUGAAUAAAUAAACUAAUCAGGUUUGCCUUGCUGCAUCAAAGACAGUGAAUGGGAUUCUUAGAAGCAAUAUAUGUGUAUUUGCUGUUCGCGUUGAUUGAAAACCUUGCUUGUACAAAUCUGCUGUAUUUCAUGUCAUCAGGAAUUUUGAAACUGCUGGGAUAUAAAUGAAAUCAAAAUCGUGUCAGGCAUUCAAAGUGAAUUCUCCAUGGUGUUAAGGGGAAUCCUUAGUUAAAGAAAUACAAGUAGAAGAGAGGUCAUAAUUAUUUAAACGGCAUGUUACUUCAAUCACCUGUAGCUAAAAGGCAUAGGAUACCGUGGAUUAAAAAGGGAAGAAAUCAUAAACACAGGUUAUAAUAAUAAGUUGUGUUUUGACUUAAAUCAACCAAACCACUGUUUCUCUGCACUACUGUUUGCUAUAGUGUCUGUUAGCAUCACAGCUGUAUAUGUAUGUGUAUAAAUUGUACCACCUGUGAAUAAAACUUUGCAUUUUCAUCCAGUA